GUUAUUACAAUAUCAUCUUAAUCACAAAAUGAAGGGAAGCUCAUAGAAGAAUAAAAUCUUAGAGCAAAUUCAGAAAUAAAGACGUUCUUAGUCAAGACAGAAUGAUUCAAAAAUAAAUUCUUUGCAUUUCUAGAGUAUAUAAAUUGAAGAGUUUAGCAAGGAGAUCGAUGAAUAUUUAAAAUCAUUUUCAAAUUUAUGUAUAGCUAUAUAAUAUGGUUAGAAUAAUUGGGAUUUUAGAGAUGUAAACUUUAAGCUCUAAAUAAUCUAUCUGAAUAUAAAAAUAUAAAUUCAUUGAAUUUAGAAGAAAAUGUUUUAGAUGAUGGAUGCAUAAAAUUGAUAGUUUAAAAAUUUCCAUCUUUAACAUUUUUAAAUUUGAAGAAGAAUUAGAUUAAAGAGUUAAAUGUAUGUAUAUUUUUAUUAUUGACUAGGAAAUUGAGUAAUUAAAAUAACUUGACCAAUUAACACAUCUAUUUCUAGAUAAAAAUCCUGCAUGUGAGGAUGAAAAUUGGACAUAAAAAAUAUGGGAUUUGUUACCUAAAUUAAAGGCAUUGGAUGGAAAAGAUAAGAAAGGUAAGAUUGUAAAAGAAAAGACAACGGUGUAUGAUGAAGAUGAAGAGGAUGAAGAUGAAGAUGAGGAAGAAGUAUAAUAAAAUAAAAUAAUAUUUAGAUAGAUGAUGAGGAUGAUGACAGUUUUUCAAUAUCUGAUGACGAAGAGGAUGAAGAAUAUAGUGAAGAAGAGGAAAGUGAAUCAGAAAGCAACAAGAAGAAAAAGAAAGUUAAAAAAUGAUACAAU